AACAAUUGUGAUGUUUUUGGUCACUCGGUCGCGUUCCUCUUCAAGUAUUGCUCAAGAAAACAAGACUCUUCCUUGUGCGGCGAACCAUGAAGAACAGUAUCGCUUUGACUGCUAAAAGAGUCAUGACAUCACUUAGUAGCAGCAAUAGCUCAACUCUUAAUCUGCGGAGCUACUGUUCUUCAUCUUCUCAUUCAUCAUCCUCGUCUCCUCCUCCCAACGCUAAACUUUUUGUUGCAGGUUUGUCAUGGUCAGUUGACGAGAAGUCCCUGAAAGACGCCUUCUCUUCCUUUGGAGACGUGACAGAAGUUAGGAUAAUAUAUGAUAAAGACUCUGGGAGGUCAAGAGGCUUUGGAUUUGUUCAUUUUUCUAAAGAAGACGAUGCGGAAUCAGCAAGAAAUGCCAUGGAUGGAAAGGCAUUGUUGGGUCGACCAUUAAGGAUAAGCUUUGCUCUCGAAAGGGUUCGCGGCGAACCAAUUGUUGUCCCUCGCCUUACAAAUGCUGGCGAAUUCACAAAUCGCAACAAACGAACAAAUUAAGCUUCUGCCAUUUGUAUCAUUUGAUGGUUUGAGAGAAAAUUUUGCAAUGUGUAAUAGCAACCACUGGUUUUGGGAUAUAAACUUAUUAUUUUAUUUAUAAAUAAUAAUGAAUUAAUAUCUUUUAGGCCAAA